GAGGAAACUGAAAAUUUUACCAAAAAAAAAGAAAAGAAAAAAAAAAGAGGAAGCUGAAAAUGCAGGCUAUUCAAUCUGGAAUUCGAACUCUGCGAUCUUCUGGAAGCUUCUUGAAUGUAGCGUCUUCGUCAUCAAUCUCUGCGACGGCAAAAGUUGGCAUAUAGGUGGAGCUAGGGUUUAACACCCAUGUCAGCUCCGGCGUAUUCCUUGGAGAAACAUGAAGUCACUACUCGAGUUCUUGAUCUCCUCAGAUCCAUCCCUUUUAUUGAUCCUUCAAAGGUGAUUACAACUGCCAAUUUUAAGCAAGACUUGCAACUUUAUGUGCUUGAUAAUGUGGAAGUAAUGAUGGCCGUGGUAGAAGAAUUUGCACUUGACAUCCCUGACAAUGAUGGCCAGAAAAUUGCAACAACAGCUCACCUAAUUGACAAUAUCACAGCCCACCCACAAGCCUAAUGAGGUUCUCUUUAUUGCUAGGUGAAUUCCUCAACUUUGUCCUAUCUCUAUCAAUGUGGCCUUCAUCAAUAGCUUGUAAUAAUUUUGCCGUGGGUAAUCAAAAACAUGUUUACCAUGCCCCCUAAAAUCUGAACACUAAUCUUUUGCAUUCAUAAUGAUGUUCAUUAAAGUCAAAUAUGCUGCUUUACUUGCUUCUUUAGCUUUGAUGUGAACUUAAAGAUUUUCCCAAAUGGCUGCAUAGCAUAAAUGUUGAUCCUUUACACAGUAACUGUGGGUAAGGCAGUAAUUAGUAGACUGGUCCUACAGGGAUUAUGGAUAUUAUUGGUGCCGUUUUGUUUAAGUAAAUAUAUAACUGCUUUUGGCUUGCUAAUAACUAAAUGUUUGGCUAUAUAAAUAUAAUUGAGUUAGGGGCAUGCGAUCAUCUGAUGUUGGUCGAGUAUCUGAUGUGGAACCUGUAACCUUUUCUACAUUUUUUUUUUUUAAUGAUACUGUGGAAUAGUGUCUUUUUCAGUUGAAGAUGGCAAGUAGAUCAAAUUAACUAAAUGUGUCUAACUAUU